CUUGACACUCCCAGCGUAUCAUUCUUUCUUUUAAUCUGUUGUCUCUUGGAAGGCCUCUUAGCCGGUCUCUUUGCAGCCAUGACGAUCGACUAUCGCCAUGGAAUCUCCAUUCUCGAACUGAUUGUCUACUUCCCUACCUUAUUCACUGCCCUAUGGAUGGCCUUCCAUCAUGGAUUCACCCGGAGCUCAGGCUGGAUCUUCUUCGUGAUAUUCUCGCUGGCUCGGAUCAUUGGCUCCUGCUGCUACCUGGCAACCAUCAACGACCCUACGUCAAUUGAUCUCUACGUGGCAUGGGCAGUUUGCACAUCUAUCGGCAUUUCGCCUCUGACCUGGGCUUGCAUCGGCCUUCUGUCUCGGGCUAACGACUCAAUCCAACGCACAUCCGGCCACGCCCUACACCCUCUGCUGUUCAAAGUAACCGGCCUGAUCACCAUCGUAGGCAUGGUUCUCGGCAUUGUGGGCCAGACGAAAAGCACCAGCCCGACCGAAGGACUAUACAACUCCAAGACCAAAGCGGCCCUGGUGCUCUACCUGAUCGCGUGGAUCGGCCUCUGCAUCCUGCUACUUCUCAUCUCCCUCCGCUACCAGAAGAUCGAGGCCGGAGAGCACCGCCUCGUCCUGGCCGUCGGCGUCUCGAUCCCAUUGCUCUUCGUGCGCAUCCUCUACUCGCUCCUGUCCGCCGUCGCCCGGAAACCCGAGUUUAGCUUCCUCAACGGAAACGUCACCAUUCAACUGUGCAUGUCGGUUCUGGAGGAGAUCGUCACAGUCUUUGUCUGUCUGGGUAUCGGCCUCACCUUGGCCGUCCGGCCGACCUUUGAGCCGUUUCAGCAGACCAACGCUCAGGAAAUACCAGCUUCCGAGUCGCAGCACGAUAUGUCAGGUAUGCAACAUGAGAGCGCGAAGCCGGAGCACGGAUACAAGAAGCGGCGGGGUGGGCCGAUCUCGCAACUCGUUGGGCUUGCAGUAGAUGAGAUCAAUUACCGCCGACAGAAGUGAACUUGGACUUGAGCUUCUGGUCGGACAUGGUUCUUAUGAGGUCCCUUGCAUGGAAGGCAUGAUUUUUGUUGAUUCUGUUGGGAAA